AUGAAGCAGCAGCAAUACACACAUAUCGUCGUUGGUGCCGGCUCGGCUGGCUGUGUCGUGACAGCAAGAAUCGCGGAGGUUUCAACGAACAAUGUCCUUCUCAUUGAAGCCGGCCCAGACUGUGGGCCAAAUGAUCAGGACAUGCCUAAGGGGAUUCAGGAUGCCCGUCGAGUUCCGAUGAAAGGACAGUCAGAAGUCUUUGACGCCCGCAUAGACUGGAAUGUGGUAGUGGCAUUGCCAGGAGGUGGUUCGAUGGUCGUCCCACAAGCCAAGAUCGUUGGUGGUGGAAGCAGUAUCAACGGAGGCACAGCUUUAAGGAACACUGCAGCAGACUCACAGGAAUGGGUCGAUCUGGGCAAUGCUGCCUGGGAUCACGACAGUUGCUGUAAGGUGUACGAGUCGAUGGAAGGCGAUCCGGUGCGAGGAAGUCGGGGUCCUCAUCCCGUCCUCCGAACGAGGAAAGAAGAGACGGGCAAGAUUCAGCGCGCAUUUGUGGAAGGAGCUGUGUCAACCGGAUUCCACGAAGUUUUCGAUCUUAACGAAACCGGGUCCGAAGGUGUAGGACCGUCGCCAGUAUGCCGUGUCGGAGACCGUCGUAUCAGCGCAGCAAAUACCUUUAUUGAUCCUAUUCGGAGUCAACCAAACCUGACCGUCCUCACACAAACCCAGGUUGACAAGAUCACGUUCACUGGAAACAAAGCAACCGGCGUCAUGUUGGUUGACGGACAGCAUAUAACUGCAAGUGCGGAAGUCAUCCUCUGCGCCGGAGCGAUUUUCUCACCUGCAAUCCUACAGAGAUCUGGAGUUGGUCCGUCAGAUCUCUUGAAGGCCCGGGGUAUAUCAGUGGUUGCAGACCUUCCUGUUGGAGAAAAUUUGUCAGAUCACCCAUGCAUCCCGAUUGUGGCGAAGCCGAAAGAAGGAGCAUACAGGGAGGGUGACUAUUCCUUGCAAAUGCAAGCUCGGUGGUCAUCGUCGAUGCGACCAGGGGCUAUCGACUUGCAGAUGGUCUGUUUCAGCUACCUGUAUGCUCAAGCUCCUGAUCCGAGGGUCCAGUCACGAAGUCUGGCAGGAACCGCGACCGGUCAUGUCGCCGGGAUUGGGUGCAAUGUCAACAAACCGACCUCAUUGGGCACGGUCCAGAUACGCUCGACCGAUGCCAAAGAAGCCCCUGAGGUCAACCCAAACUAUAUGGCGACUGAGCAUGACAGACAGGUUGCACGGGAGAUUGUUCGGAAGGCGUACCAAGUAUUGACAUCCCAGGCGAUGCAAAAGGUCCUUGGUCAACCCAUGGGUCUUGACAAGCGAGUGAUCGAGUCAGACGAGCUCUUGGACGCUUGGCUGAUGUCGCAGUUCUCGACGACCUACCAUUUCUGCAGCAGCUGUCGGAUGGCGGCCCGCAAUCUCGGGGGUGUCGUAGAUCAGUCCGGGCGCGUAUACGGGGUGGAAGGUGUUCGAGUGGGCGACGCUAGCGUCAUCCCCACUGUGCCAGCUGCCAACACGAUGGCGACUACCAUGAUGUUUGCAGAGAGGAUAGGACGUAGUAUCAGGGACGGCAAGGAUGUACGCAUGUCAUUGCGACCAUCACUAAGCCUAAGUCCAGAAGGAUUUCCAGAGCCUGUGACUACUGCCAUCGACGCAGUAUACGGUGUCGCCCGAGCGGCGACGGUCCCAACUGCCAAAAUUGCAUUGAGUUCGGGCAGCCAUGCACGUUCGAGCGUCAAGCAAAGCGAAGAGGUGUCCCUCCUCGCGCCAGAACCGGGCACGUCGUCACAGACGAGUAUGAGACAACAUCAACAACUUCCUCCAGGCCGUCUCUCCCGCCUUGCGCAGAGAGUCGAAGCUUGUCCGCCAGCCAUGAGACUCCGACUAUACGCAAUUCUUCAGCCAUCGCCACCAGCCUCCAUCAUGAUCGCGAGGCGCGAAGGACCAACGCGAUGGCGAUUUCAAGCUACAAUCAUGGAUCUAGUGGAACUCUACUUUGAAAUCGUAUAUCCCAUUUUCCCAUUGUUUCACCAGCCUACCUUCGUCCGGAGUGUGGCUCGUGGAGAGUAUUCGGCGAGAAGAACUCUCUUCGCCUCUACGAUGGCGGUCUGCGCUCUAGUGGCAGCUCGCGCUCGGGAUGCCGCAGUGUAUAACCCGCGCUGGGAUAUUGAAUCUUUGCAAGAAGUCGAUUCUGAGGUUUUCUAUGCCGAAGCAGCUUUGCAGAGCGCCGACGAAGACCUUACGCCAGACCACAACCUAAUGCGUGCACACGCUAUUUUGGCCAUCUGUGCCAUACAAUAUGGAAAGCCACGCGACAUGCACAAGCAUCUGGGCAGGUAUCACACUCUUGUGGCUAUGGAUGGAUUGCACGAUGAAGCAAAUUGGCCACGGAAUAUUGGCAUCGUCGAGACGGAAGAGAGAAGAAGACUUUUCUGGAGCAUCUACACUCUCGACAUCUAUACUUCUGUUGUCUGGGGUGGUGUGAUCCGCUGUCGAGAACAGCAGUCAAAUGUUUCAUAUCCCACGGAAAUCGACGAUGAACUUUUUAGUGACAGUGGCUUCUCAUCUCGAGCCUCGAUGUCUCCAGCAGUGAUAGGACCAUCACCAAGUCGAAACGGGGUGCAGGUGCAAUCCAGCAGUUGGUUAUGUGGGUGGAAUUUCAUAACAGACCUUUACAGAGUCCUUGAGCAUGUCAUCACCCAUUUCAGGGACAGAAGGUCUCGUCUGCAUAAACGGUCAUUCCUGCACGACAUUUUCAAGGACCAGCCGGGUGUCUCCCAAUCCUCUGUCCGUGACAGCGUCAUACAGAUGUACAUCAACCUUCCGCAGUGUUUCAAAGAGACACAUCCUAUCACAUACGAUAUCAAGCAGGACAGAUUCGGUUUUCAAGCAGCCAAUAUAACAGCCACAAUACAGCUACUUCGGAUGGUGUUGUUUGCUGCUGGUGGGGCGAGCAUUGAGGAGCGGUGUCAGAUCGCCAACGAAGUCAUUGGAGCUUUCAAUGCCGUGCCGGUGGCGUAUCUUAAAGCUAUCAGCUCACCGUUGACACACCACCUUGGCGGUAUUGGACAGAUUUUGGGUUCUGUCUUCGAAGAACCACUUAGCGACGCCGACUACAACCGCGUCCGAUCAGUCAUGCUGGCUAUGGCACAGUUGCUAUCGAACCUAGAGGGGAUCCAAUCGAGUGCCAGUGCGAGCGAGAGGCUCCGUGUGCAAGUGGCGCGUAUUGACGAUUAUAUGGCUAGUCAACGCAACGCCGUGACCAGGGCACAGCAGAAUAUACAUCCAAAUCUACAGCAAACGCUGCAUGCAGACAGCGACCCGCUGCAUUUCGCCGGCCUCGCUGCUGCCGGGAGUGAUGAUUCUGUCACGAUGUCACCAUUCCAGGUGCCGCACGAUCUAUGGGGAGACUUCAACUGGAUAUUCGACUUCACACAGCCGUUGGGCUGA